AGGUAUGGGUAUAUUGCGAGGACUUGUUCCAAAUCCCUGUAACCUUUUUGGAAUUAAUCACAUAUAUAAGAUGAAAUGGACCCACGAAAGAACAUCUGAAAUUCUACAUUCCAUGUGCGAAGUGGUAAAGGGUAUGAGUCUUAAACAAAUGCAAGAAAGUGUCGUGCAAGCAGCAAUCUUCGAAGCUAUUAAACAAGGGCAUGUUGAGUUUGUUUUUGAGAUAUUUCGAUCAAAUCCUGUAAUGAUUGGGCUCACUGGGGAAAUGGGAAGACCAUGCUUCAGUUUGCCAUUGAAUGUCGUCAAGAAAAUGUCUAUUUCUUUUUCUAUGAAUUGACCCGAAUAGUGCUUAAUAUGGUAGUGAGAAUAGAUCAGUUCAACAAUACGUUGCUACAUGCAGCAGCGAGUUUAUCCCCAAUUGCACAGCUUAAUCAUAUCCAAGGUGCCGCGUUGCAAAUGCAGAGAGAAUUACAAUGGUUCAAGGAGAUUGAAAAAAUUGUACCUCCCAAGGUUCUUGAGGCUGUAAAUGAUACAGAUGGCAUGACAGCACGUGAUUUAUUUACUAAGAACCACAAAGAGUUGGCGAAAGAAGGAGAAAGAUCAAUGAAAGAGACAGCAACUUCUUGUACGGUUGUAGGUGCGCUUAUCAUUACCAUCAUGUUUACUGCAGCAUUCACAGUUCCAGGUGGAAACAACGGAAAUACAGGCAUGCCCUUGUUCUUCUUAGAUAAAAAGUUUAAGGUCUUUAUAGUUUCUGAUGCCCUAUCACUCUUUUCUUCCACGACUUCUGUAAUGACAUUUUUGGGAGUCCUCACCUCACGUUAUGCCGAAGCUGAUUUCCUUGAAUCAUUGCCAAAGAAAAUGAUUAUAGGUCUUUUCACCCUCUUUUUCUCCAUAGCCACCAUGAUGAUUGCGUUUGUUUCUACCCUUUGUAUUAUGUUGGGUGAAAAGUCAUGGAUCGUGAUUCCAAUCACUUUACUUUCUAGUGCUCCAAUCGUCUCCUUUGCAUGGAUGCAAUUUCCCCUUCUUGUUGAGAUCUUCAUUUCUACUUAUGGAGCAGGAAUAUUUGCCAAAAAACCCAAACCUUUGGAAGUGAACCCCUCUGACAUGAAUCGAUCUGUCUGAUUCAUAAGGGAAGAACUUGUAUCAAUAUCUCAAUUUCAAUUCAAAUAUGGAUUAUUCACAUUUGGAUUUUUAUGUCAUUUUUGCUGAUAUUUGUUUCUAUCAAUUUUAAGAAAGUUUUAA